AUGGGCAAUACAUCAUCAAAUAUUGUCCCAAAUCUAAUAGCACAUAUUCAUACUAAUAGUGGAGCAGUAUUUCGUUUCUCUUAUUUGGAUUUGGUUGAUCAUAUUUUGUUACUUCGUCAAGUCAUUUCUCAUCCGGAAAUGAUAGAAAAAGGAGAAAAAUUAACUUAUUUUAUAAAUGAUUAUUGUCAUCGUAUGUCAAAUAAUGAAUUGAUGAGUAAACGUCAACAAUUGAAACUUCCUUGGGAAAUUGAUUGGAUUUGGCAUGUACAUCGUCUUCAUCCGAUUAAUUAUCUCAAUGAUUGUAUUAAACAAAUUCCUCAGGGUUAUUUUAUUGAUAAAAAAAACUCGAAAGUUAACAAUUGA